AUGUGUGCGUCACAUGGCGAGGCAGGAGCAACAGGCGCGCACAGGCGGCUGCUGGUGGAGCCAGGAGGGACGGUGGAGGGUUUGCAAGCAGCAGUGGCGGCAGUGGAAGCGGAAAUGGCGGCGUUGAAAACCAAGAUGAGCGACCUGGCAGUAGCAACAGAGCAGGUUGCUAAGGAGGCUGGCAACUUGCGGGCGGUGUUGCAGGGCGAGGGGCACUGGGCCACGGCCAACCUCACCCGCCAUUUCCUGCUCUCCACCACGCCCUCUCACCCCGACCGCUGUGCCGUGCUCUCUCUCGACCGCCGGGCACUGCAGCGGCAGUCCAAGCGUGGUCCCAAGGGCCCGCCUCUCUCCUGGAAGGGCUAUGCCUGUGAGGCAGCACCGUCUCAAAUCCAGAAGUACACAGAUGUUGAGGCGAGGGCGCUGUGUCCCGACGACUGGUUCUUUGUGCAAGAGCUUGUGUUUCUCAAAAACUGCUUCUCCCUUCCGCCCCGCCGCUGCCUUGCGCGCACGCCGCAGCAACCCACAGAGCCGCUACCAUUCCCACAAUCCCUAUUCGAUCAAGCAGCCUUAGCAGACGGGGGGGUGCGGUGGGAGCAGCAGCAGUGCGGGUCCUUCCACUGUCUCAACACGCGCGCACUGGGCGACUGUCGCAACUGCUUCAAUCUCUCUCUUGAGAGCCACCGCUGGCAGCACCGCUUCCGAGGCAACCCCACCAUGCACGACGUGCUGCAACUCAAAAACGGCUCCCUCAGGCUCGGGCUGGACGUGGGCGGCGGAACAGGGAGCUUCGCGGCGCACAUGGCGCGGCACGGGGUGACGGUGAUGACCACGGCCAUGAACUACGAGACCGUGUUGGGGCGGCAUGCAGGGCUGCCCUACUUUGAAGCCAUCGCCAUGCGCGGCCUCAUCCCCCUCUUCCUCCCUCACAAGGUGCCUCCCUCAGAAAGAGCCUCCCCCACAAGCUGCCUCCAAAGCUGCCUAGGGUGCCUACCAUCGUCCAGUGUCUCAGGCUCUGUCCUGUCACAACCCUCCCAUGAGUCUUGCCUGUUUCAACCAACUCUGCACCUGCUAUGCCCCAUUCCCGUGGCCUCUGCUCCCCGCCCUUCUUGCUUUCACUCCCCACCCGUGUUCGUGCCACCCCUUGCCAUUCCCAUGCCCUACCCCCCUGUGUCACUGCCAACCAUGCCUGUGCCCCCCGGCUGUGGCUCUGUGCCAUGCCAUCCCCACUACCAGGCGAGGCUACCAUUCUACGACAACACGUUGGAUGUGAUUCACAGUGUCAACAGUGUCAAGUACAUGCCCGUGGUGGAGUUUGAGGAGCUCGUCUUUGAAUGGGACCGUGUGCUCAGACCAGGUGGCCUCAUGUGGUUUGAGAUGUUCUAUGCACCAGUGGACGACAUGGUGCUCUAUGUGGCUGUGCUGCAGCAGCUGCGCUACCGUCGCCUGCACUGGACGCUCAUGCCCAAGCCCGACCGUGGGGAGAUAGAGGCCCAUCAGCUCUACUUGAACUGCGUUAUUGAGAAACCCGCUAGGCGGAAUGCGCUCAAGCCUGUUGAAUUCUCCUAA